AUGGCAGCCCUGAUUGCAGAGAACUUCCGCUUCCUGUCACUCUUCUUCAAGAGCAAGGAUGUGAUGAUUUUCAACGGGCUGGUAGCACUAGGCACGGUGGGCAGCCAGGAGCUGUUCACCGUGGUGGCUUUCCACUGCCCUUGCUCACCAGCCCGGAACUACCUGUAUGGGCUGGCAGCCAUUGGGGUGCCAGCCCUGGCGCUCUUCCUCAUUGGCGUCAUCCUCAACAACCACACCUGGAACCUGGUUGCCGAGUGCCAGUACCGGAGGACCAAGAACUGCUCGGCUGCCCCCAACUUCCUCCUCCUAAGCUCCAUUGUGGGCCGCGCGGCCGUGGCCCCCGUCACCUGGUCUGUCAUCUCCCUGCUGCGUGGUGAGGCCUACGUCUGCGCUCUCAGUGAGUUCGUGAACCCCUAUUCGCUCACGGUUGGAGAAAGGAGCUUCCCACUAGCCCAUGCCACAGAAAUCCUGGCCAGGUUCCCAUGUGGGGAGGGCCCUGCCAACCUGUCAGUCUUCCGGGAGGAGGUCAGCCGCAGACUCAAGUACGAGUCCCAGCUCUUUGGGUGGCUGCUUAUCGGCGUGGUGGCCAUCCUGGUGUUCCUGACCAAAUGCCUCAAGCACUACUGCUCACCACUCAGCUACCGCCAGGAGGCCUACUGGGCACAGUACCGCGCCAACGAGGACCAGCUGUUCCAGCGCACGGCUGAGGUGCACUCACGGGUGCUGGCUGCCAACAACGUGCGCCGCUUCUUCGGCUUUGUGGCGCUCAACAAGGAUGAUGAGGAGCUGGUCGCGAAGUUCCCGGUGGAAGGCACACAGCCGCGGCCACAGUGGAACGCCAUCACAGGUGUCUAUCUGUACCGUGAGAACCAGGGCCUCCCACUCUACAGCCGCCUGCACAAGUGGGCCCAGGGUGUGCUGGGCAACGGCAUGGCCCCUGACCAUGUAGAGAUGUCCCUGCUUGCCUCCUGA